AUGUAUGUUAUUGGUUCCUGCUGCGUUGCGGCGGCCGUGAUCGUGUCAUCGACGCAGCUCUCUGCCGUUUACGCACGCACAUCCGACGUCGGAGGCAGCCUUCCUGUUGUGACGGAGGGUUUGAUCGGCUGCGCCGAUGGAUCUGAGGGUGUCAGAUGUAGUCCUGAGUCCUCUGAGCAGCCGGGAUCGUUGGAAGACCGCGGAAUCACGGAUGCCCCGGUGACCUUCCGCCAGGCCGACCUUCCUAUGUUGUCAUCGCUGAUAGGUAGGUGCACAGCCUGCACUCGAUAUACGCGUACAGCGGCCUACGGGGGUCAGGCCAUAGCGCUGAAUGCAAUUUUCACGGCAUUGGCGCUGCUGGCACAGCGGCUGCAGGAGCUGCUUGACAUCGACACGGGUGCGCUCCUCCUAGGCCGGCUAACUGGGUUGCUAACGGUGACUAUCGGCGGAUACGCUGCGUACAAGCUCUCCGAGCAGCUGCUGGAGCUCACGCUGGCAGCAUUGUCCUCCGGAUCUGCAUCGCGCACGUGUAAAGAGAUCCUUGCGCACUUGCGGAGGCGCGCCAGCCGGUCAAUUACGGCGCCACUUGGCGCAAUCGCCGCAGUAGGACAUGCAGCUCAGACGUGCACGGUGGUUCGAAGUGCCGCUAAGGGGCUGGCGCCACGCCUCACGCCACUGGCUGCAGCCAUGCGUGACGUGAGCGGCGUGAGAUAUGCCCGCGCCGCAGUCCCGUCGUGGCUUUCGUAUUCAGACACGAGUGUAAAGGAGGCCGCGGUGAUAGCGGCGUACUGCAUCUCGACGUUUCUCCUCCUGGGAGGCAGCCUGCACUCCUUCACGCCGAGCAACGUUACACAUCCCGGUGCUUUCGCAGUGCCUAGCACGUCGCUGUCGGCUGAAGGGUACACAUACGCGAACAGGAGACAGAAGCGCGUUAUACAGCAGCUUGGUCGCACGUACGGCUGCCACAGCUGCGGCCGGUCCUCGGCUUCCGGCCAGUACAUCGCCGACCACCAGCCGCCGUCGGGGGUUAUAAAGCGCCGACUUCGGCGGCCGGUGGUGAAGUUGCUCGUCGAUCACCACAUAGUGCCGCUAUCGUUGGUGCGGCCCAGACAGUACUUCUACCCGCAGUGCCCGGCAUGCUCAGCAGAGCAGUCGAAUGCGGUUCGGACGAACAGGAAGAAGGUGGUUACACACUACGGUGUAUUCAGGCCGUACUACCUCUGUGCAAGCGGAUAUCUGGCUGCUGCUAGACACGCGUUGGCGCUUCCCGUGCCCGCCCCGGCGGAAAGCUUUGGUCAGGCCUAG